UUACGUUAUUAUUAAGUGGAAAACAUUUCAAUAUGGCAUGUGGACAAACACAUACCAAAUUAGUAGAGGAAAGUACUGACUUAAAUUUGAAGGUUAUUUGUAUAUCAUGUGACACUAAAGGAAGGGAGACAAACGCAAGUGUUUACUGCGUCGAGUGUAAUAAAUACGUUUGCGAAACUUGUUCUAACAGAGAACAUGUUGAUACGUCGGAUGAACAUUUUAUGGUUUCCAGAAAAGAUUUCCUUAUAAAUGAGUCGCAAGAUAAGUCAGAGGAUGUCGCCUGUGAUGAACAUCCUGGUCUCGUUGUAGAUAUGGUGUGUGUUAGCCCGCAUAAUCAAGUGGGCUGUAACCUAUGUAUGCAGAUACACCACAGUGGCUGUCAAUUGCGUUAUAUCACCCAUCACAUGAAGGCGAUUAAUUUCAAGAGCGGAACUCACCUCAAAGAGAUGGAAGCCAAACUUGCCAGCACUGUUGACGAACUCCAGGCAGAAAUGACCAGGCGAAUGGAAGUUAAGAACAACGUCGAACGUCAAAAGCAAGAGGCCCGGCAGACCAUCGCCAAAACCGCUCGUCAACUGGGGAGAAUGAUGGACGACCUGGAACGGAGAACUAUGGAGGCCCUGACAAUGACAUACGAGAACAUGGAUAACGAGCUAGCCCAGGAGGGCCUCACCAUUGAGGAUCUGAUUGAGAAAAUUGAGGCCCUGGAGAGGGCGCGGGAUGCGAACCCGUGUGAGGAGACGGAGCUCGCCCUUCAGGAAGCCAUAGAUCAAGCGGAAAAGAUGAUAAACGAAAAUGAAGGAGGCGAACGGACUUUAGAAUUCAUACCUGACACGAGCAUACUGGACACGAUCCGCUCAUGUGAUACUCUUCUCACUGCGCAUGUCACCGGACUGGAGCGUCAAUUGGAGGACAGAACGGCGUUGGGGACUAUCCAAGAGCGAACAGUGUUGGCACCGGAAGAGGGAUCCGUGCAAGAUCGUGGGGACAGGGCGGCUCUCGCUUCCGUCCAAGAGCGAAUUGAGGCGACAUCGGAAGAGGGAUCCGCGCACGGCAUAGACAACGACGCUCCUAUGGAGUCCGUCAAAGAGCAGACAGCGGCGCCUUCAGAAGAGGGUCCAAGCACGGCCUAGGGGCAGGUUGGCGUUGGGGUCCGUUCAGGAUCGGAAUUAGGCGCCACCGGACCAGGCAGAAAGCGCCGACUACAGCGUUAACAACCCGGAAAGGGAUUACGUUUUGGAGUCUUCCAAAUCGCAUUGGGUAAAGAAAAUAAUCCCGUAGACUAGGAGGAGACUUUUAAUUAUUUAUA